AUGGCCAUCCUCCUCUCCGUCGUCCCUAUGCACACUCCCCUCUUCUGGUCAUGUGUCGGAUUAUACGCCGACGCGGUCAAGUUGCUCUCUCCGAGCAGGAGACUGCAGAAACUGGCCGAAGAGAUAGCCAGAUACAGCCGAAAACCUCCCGAGACACAUGAACAAGCCCUGUUAAGACGGAUGCACGAAGCCGAAAGUUUGGCCGAGUAUGAGAACUGCACAAUCGACCUGGACAAUCUGCAAGGCCACGAGGCAUGGAAGAAAGAAAGGGAGUCCAUUGAGCCCGGCUACAAUCCUGACGUGAUCGAGAGCCAGGUCAUCCGACUCCAGAAUGCGGUGGCCGACCAGGACCUGAAUGCCAUGCAACACCUCCUCCGAACCGGGCUCAGUCGUGACCUGGGUGGCAUGAACAUGUUGCGACUCUACAAACAUUCUUGGUUCGGCACCAAGUUCUUGAUAGACGACUACAUCAACACCGUCUUAGAAACUAUCGAGACCUUUACUGAGACCAGCAUCCAUAGCAACAUCUCUACUGCAGAAAUUCGACAUCACCAGCAAUCAUUAGAAGACGCGUUAAAAUUCUUUGGGCGUUCGGCACUGACUCUAUCGGGCGGAGCACUUCUGGGAAUGAAGCAUAUUGGCGUUGUAAAGACCCUCUGGGAAGCGGAGUUGUUACCUGAGAUUAUUUCGGGCGCCUCAGCAGGAAGUAUUGUGGCUGGCAUCGUGGGCAGUGCCAAUGAUGAGCGUAUGGCCGAAGUUCUCGACCAUUUUCCAUUUUCUGACCUGGCCGUCUUUGAUCCUCCAGGAACUGGCAGGGUGGGCUGGCUUGCACAGCGGAUCCGCACUUUUCUGCGGACUGGAGCCUUCUUUGAAAUGGACAACCUAAAGCGAGUCAUGAAGUCAUGGCUGGGCGACAUCACCUUCCGAGAAGCACGCUACAAGACCGGGCGGAUCCUCAACAUCUGCGUGUCCAGUGCAGGCAACGCCGAGCCACGACUCUUGAACUUCGUGACUGCUCCCGAUGUUUUCAUCUGGUCGGCUGUCUGUGCGUCUUGUGCUGUGCCCAAUGUCUUCCCGCCUGCCAACAUCUACGAGAAAGACCCCAUCACCAAGGAGGAAAAGCUCUGGAUGCAAAAUGCCCAGCAGACCUUUGUGGAUGGGUCCCUUGACCACGACAUUCCCAUGAGGAAGCUUUCUGAAAUGUUCAACGUCAAUUUCUUCAUCGUCUCACAGGUCAACCCACAUGUUCGGGUCUUUCUGGAUCAGGAGGAGGUCUUUCACGGGAAACAACCCAGAGCGCCCAUCCCUGGGCGGAACCCCCUUCAAGCGGCCAAAGACCUGCUCAGGGAGGAAAUUAUACAUCGCGCACAACAACUCUCGGAUCUGGGGUUCCCUCAGGGAUUUUACAGAUGGGCUUCCCUCUUCAACCAACAAUAUACUGGCGACAUCAACGUUUUGCCAGAGAUCAAACCAAGCGAGUACCUCAAUAUGAUGAUGAAUCCCACGCCGGAGUUCAUGAUAGAAGCCACAGUGGCCGGAGAACGGGCGACAUGGCCUCGCAUGUGCCGCAUUAAGAACUGUGUUGCGAUCGAGCUGGCUCUUAUCCAGGCCAUCCAUACUCUGCGGGACAGGGUGAACUUUGGGCCCGAGGCUAGGGCUGCUCGCGAACACAAAAGAUCCAGCAGCAAGAAUCGGCCAGGUCGUGGUCGCUCAGCUCGGCCCUCGUUCUUGAGAAGGCGCAGCCUUAGCAUCGACUCCCCCGUGGACAGUGACAAUGCAUUGACGCUGCCGCGGCCUUUGAAAGUCCGCCGCAAUGUCAGCCUGGGAAACAUCUCGGUGAGGCCAAAUUUCUCCAUCACGACUCCGCGAACGACGCCCUAUUUGUCCCCUCAGGUGGGCGUCGAUCAGGAUCUCUUAGAAGGUCUGGCCAUGACACGCACCAAUUCCAACACACUUGACGGGUCUGGAGCAGAUGGUCAUAUUGUGGAAAUGUCAAACAUUAGCAAGCGAAGAGACCCCUUUUAG